GGAUUCGCUUUCGGUUGGGCAAGCUGAGACUCCGGGGACGCUGGCUCUGGACUAGCAGCAGAUGUCGCUGCCCUCCCGUGGUCCCCAGCUGUGCUUUGCAGCUGGCACUCACUUGCAGCUACUAAAGAGAAAAUGCCCGGGAGCGAGGAACACAGCGAUCCUGUGUAGAGCCCACCGAAAUCUCUUUAUCUCUCCCACCUGAAGUCCAAAGGCGGCUUAGCUUACUCUCCUGAGAUCCCUGUCGCUCAGGCGGGUCUCCGCCCCUAAGCCCCGCCCCGAGGCUGCUCCGCCUCUCCCAGCAGGGCGAGGCCCGGAUUGGACAGCUUCAGGGGUGGGCGUGAUCGACGGCCGCGCUGGUUCCGCGGGAGCAUCACGGUGGUUUCUGAGGCCAGGGGAUACUGGGGGACCUGCGGAGGGUCCCGGCCGGUGGCUCCAGUCGCCCGAGCAAAGUUUCGAACCUGAGGCCGAAGCCGGAGCCGGCAAGCGGAGAGGAGCGCGAGAGGGCGGGAUUUCCGCCGGGAGGGAUCCGGCCGCUCAGGGGGUGGGGCUUCCCCGACCGGGCUGCGUUUCCCGCGUGCGGGGCGGGGUGCCGUGGGUCCCUGCUGACAACCUCCGCGCCCUCCCCCAGGCGGCCAAGGAUGACCACGCUCACGCGCCAAGACCUCAACUUUGGCCAAGUGGUGGCCGACGUGCUCUCCGAGUUCCUGGAGGUGGCCGUGCACCUGAUCCUCUAUGUGCGCGAGGUCUACCCAGUGGGCAUCUUCCAGAAGCGCAAGAAGUACAACGUGCCGGUUCAGGCAGGGAGACCUGGGGAAUGGCUGCUGUUUGUCCAGAAACCGGCAUGUGUAUGUGUGUGGGUUGUUGGUGCUCCCCCAUUCCUGCCUUGGGCUUCAGCAGCCCUGUGGGGUUGUGUGCAGAUGUCCUGUCACCCGGAGCUGAACCAGUACAUCCAGGACACGCUUCACUGCGUCAAACCACUCCUGGAGAAGAAUGAUGUGGAGAAGGUAGUGGUGGUGAUUUUGGAUAAGGAACACCGUCCAGUGGAGAAGUUUGUCUUUGAGAUCACUCAGCCGCCCUUGCUGUCCAUCAGUUCAGACUCCCUACUGUCUCACGUGGAGCAGCUGCUGCGGGCCUUCAUCCUGAAGAUCAGUGUGUGUGACGCUGUCCUGGACCACAACCCUCCAGGCUGCACAUUCACAGUCCUUGUGCACACAAGAGAAGCUGCCACUCGAAACAUGGAGAAGAUACAGGUCAUCAAGGACUUCCCGUGGAUCCUGGCAGAUGAACAGGAUGUCCACAUGCAUGACCCCCGGCUGAUACCCCUAAAAACCAUGACGUCGGACAUUUUAAAGAUGCAGCUCUAUGUGGAAGAGCGAGCUCAUAAAAACAGCUGAGGGCGUGCCCGCCACCUGGUGCCCAGCUGUCCCACUCUGGGGCCCCAGCCCAGGGCGGUGCUGCAGGGCCCCCUGACUCCAAGUGCUCUUAUCGCCUUGACAUGUGGCUGCCCCUCUGGUUGGGCUGCUCAGUCCUGCUUGCCUCGGUGAGGCAGCCUUCCCAGGAGGCCAGGGAAGAAUGCCUGGACAGACACCCUUUCUCAGCAGCCUCCUGGGGCUCAGCCGGCCACCGCUGUCCAUCUGAAUACUGUGCUGUGAGUUAUCGUUAAUAAAGGGGCCCCAAAGGGCUGACUGCA